AUGGGAUAUGAGCUGGGAACGCAGUUACAAGUGUGCUGCGGAGUGGCCUUAUUCUCAAUGUGGCCCAUCGGCACCUCUUUCAAAAUCACCGGCGAUCCGCUACGCCAAAAUUUCAACAACAAUGAGACGGAGAUGUGGAGCGAGCUGCAGCUCUCGCAAUGCAGCGAUCGCGCCGAGGCGACCAUCGGAUUUGUCGAACCACUUCCCGGCGUGAAUUGUACCUAUUUACGAGGCCAAACUGUUAAUUUGCAGCAAAAAGCGAUCGAAAUGCCGGCGUGGUACGUGAUCUGCUACAAGAAGAAAGAGUGCUCGAGUUGCAGGGUGGAUGUGAUUUGCGCGAAUGACCUGUCGGCGGCCUGUUCAAAUAUCUCCCUGAUCGGCUCGGCGACGACGUCUACGAAUUCCUCGUUGAAAUAUUGGUAUACGGUGGGCCCAAAAUACCCGUUCGCCGCUAGCAGUAGCGUUCGAGUAUCCGUUAUCCGGCAACGAUCGAUGGAGGUCAUUCGAAGCGAAACGCGGAAAGCACGGCUCUUCCAAACUCUGCAGACUGUC